AUGUCGAGCAAAGUCCAAAAGAUUAUGGUUCAGCCCAUCAACCUGAUUUUCAGGUAUCUUCAAAACAAAACCCGAGUACAAAUCUGGUUGGUGGACAAGACGGAUAUGAGAAUCGAAGGUCAAAUCAUUGGAUUCGAUGAAUUCAUGAACUUGGUGCUUGAUGACGCAGCGGAAGUCAUGACCAAGGAAGAAGGCUCGAGAAGACAGUUAGGACGACUGAUGUUAAAGGGCGACAAUAUCUGUACUAUCCAAGCCGUAAACAACUAG